GAAAAUCUCUCUCUCUCUCUCUCUCUCUCUCUCUCUCUCUCUCUAUAAGAAUUCUCAUUCUUCCCUUCUCCAAUAUCCUAUUUCCAUCCCUUCUUCCGCAACAUCGAGAGAGAGACUCUCAUUCCCUUCCUCUCCAAAAGCCCAUUUUCAUCCCUUCCACAAUAGCAAUUUCAGAGCCCCCAAAACAACAGAGAGAGGGAGAGUCAGUCGUUCCCCUGUUCUCCAAAAACCCACUUCCAUCCCUUCUUCCACAAUAGCAAUAUCAUAGAGAGAGAGAGAGAGAGAGAGAGAGAGAGAGAGAGUCUCAUUUCCCUCUUCUCCAAAAACCCAUUUCCAGACCUUCCACAACAGCAAUAUCACAGCCAAUAACAACAGACAGACAAACUGAGAGAGAUGGGUAGUUCUGAAGACCAUCUACGGAAACCACAGAAAGACAGCAAUAUAAAGUCCAAGCUCAAGAUCCUUCUACUGGUUAUAACCACCAACAUUCUCAUCAUCUACCUCUUCGCUUCCCCCUCCUUCAAGUUCAACCUCUCCGACUACACCCCAAACAUCCCCCUCCCUCUCUGGGACUUCCAUGCUCUCCAUGAUGAGCUCAACACCACCCAAUCCCAGCUCACCAUCAGCAACGCCCGCAUCACAGAGCUGCACCGCCUGUUAGACACCCUCCUCUACGAACUGGCUCACAUCCGAGAAUCAGACUCUGAUCAUGCAGACCAAUCAACAAGCUCAAAUGAUUGGAGUGGCCACCUCACGAGCGAGCUCAAGCUUGCAGUGAACGCUCACAAAUUCCCACUCGGACGCUCCCCAAAUACUGGUACUGAUGAGCUCUACCCGCCACUGGGAGCUGCCUGCCGGCAGUACCAAGAUGAGUUGAACCAGUACAUGACAUACAAGGUCGGAGGGGAAUGCCCGGUCGACGAUGUGUUCGCACAACGGUUAAUGCUCAAAGGGUGUGAGCCAUUGCCCCGUCGACGGUGCCACCCAAAGUCCCCGAUUGGCUACGUGGAACCCAGGCCAUAUCCUGCCAGCCUCUGGGCUACGCCUCCAGAUACAAGCAUCAUCUGGGACCCAUAUACCUGUAAAAACUACCAGUGUCUCAUUGACAGGAAGAACACAAAAGGGUUCCAGGACUGCAAGGACUGUUUUGACCUGCACAGUCGGGAGAUCCAUCGGUGGCUAUUUGACAAAGGGCUUGACUACGGAAUGGAUGAAGUCCUGCAUGUGAAACCACCUGGUACAAUACGUAUUGGGCUGGACAUAGGUGGGGGAACAGGCUCGUUCGCAGUCCGUAUGAGGGAACGGAAUGUGACCAUCAUCACCAGCACGAUGAAUUUCGACGGGCCGUUCAACAGCUUCAUCGCAUCACGUGGGUUCAUCCCGAUGCAUAUCAGCAUCUUCCACCGCCUCCCGUUCUUUGAGAACACGUUGGACAUUGUGCACUCCAUGCAUGUGCUCAACAACUGGAUCCCGGACACCAUGCUUGAAUUCACACUCUAUGAUAUAUACAGGGUGUUGAGGCCUGGUGGGUUGUUCUGGCUCGACCGCUUCUUCUGUGCCGGCUCACAGCUGAACACAACCUACAUCCCCAUGUUCAACCGGGUUGGGUUCAACAAGCUGAGGUGGAACACCGGUCGGAAGUUGGACCGUGGAAUAGAAUUGAAUGAGUGGUACUUGUCCGCCUUGCUGGAGAAACCCAUGACCUGAUUAACCAACCCAAAUGGGCAUUUGGGUGAUGCAGUGCUUAUGGGACUGGAGAUGAGGUUAUUUAAGAAUACCAGACAAGGGGUCUUUUGAGGAUAAUGAAAAGAGCACACGCCAUCAGACAUUGAACUUGAAUGGGCUAGGAGUGAUGUGCCUUGCAAGAUAACCUUUGAAGAGCAGAAGAUGGAAUCUGAAGACUCUCUUUGACUUGUCAUUCAUCUUCUUUUCUUCCUUUUGAUGUAAUAACAAGGGAAUAAACUCUACUUGGGUGAGAAGAUAUUAGUAGAGUUUAUUGCCUUGUUUAAGGCAAGUACAUUUCAUGAUAAUAAACUCAUCUAGUUUAGUACCUGCAACCACCUAACAAGACGAUCGCAAUAGCUUUUCUCUGCAGAAUUUAUAUAGAUGAUGGGAUGAACCUGAAUUUCUGCAACAAGUAGUUCAACUAGCUUCUUGAGUCCUUGUCAUUUUGUCUAUUUGCUUCUAUUCCAAGGAGAAGGAAAAAAAAAAAAAAAAAAACGGGAAAAAGAAAAAGAAAAAAGAAACAACAUUACGGUAAUACUGUAAAUUUAUGUAUGACAGGCAUGCCUCAAAGGCUCAAAGCAAGCAUAAUCCAAAGCAAGAAAGAAAAGGGAGGAGAACCAACACCUACCAUAAAUAGAAUCAAGGCAAACAAGGGUUAGUAUUUGUAAUGGAGACGUCUUCUCUAGGCCUUCUUGCAGUUAGUAGCUCUGCCAU